UUUAUAACGGACCGAGAGUGUUUUCUUGGUAAAAAAAGCUGGUUUGGUUGCAGGACGCGUCGCCUGCGUGGAAUACUUCUGAGCUACAGUCCGUGUGUUCGAGCGUGAAGCCCGCUUUACCCCCUGAUCCCAAUGUGCUGGUGGAGAAAGUGCACGUCGCCGAGCUAGACCUCCACCCAAGCAUGCGAUGCUGGUGCUGCGCCCUGGCCCUCCUCCUCCCCUGGGUGCUGCUGGCCCUGGACGCACAGCUCAUCUGCUGGCAGGCGCUCCUCCGGUGCCACGAGGAGCCCGAGUGCGAGCUCGCCUACGGGCAGUACCUGGCGGCCUGUGAGGGGAACACGGGGACGAGGAGGCAGUGUCCGAGCCACUGCAUCAACGCGCUCAUCCGGCUCAACCACACGCGCAGCGGCCCGGAUCUGGAGACCUGCGACUGCGCCCGGGACGCGGAGUGCCUCGGGGCCAAGCGGGCCGUGGAGCCGUGUCUCCCCCGGCGGCACCCGAGCGACGCCGGCGGGAUCGGCUGCAUGGAGGCCCGGCAGCGCUGCGAGGAGGACGGAGACUGCCACGCCUCCCUCACCGCCUACCUGUCCUACUGCGGGCAGCUGUUCAACGGCCGGAAGUGCUCGUCCAAGUGCAAGGCCACCAUCCAGCAGAUGCUGUUCAUCCCGAACGGAGCCCUGCUGAACCGCUGCGUCUGCGACGGCGUGGAGAGGCCCUUCUGCGAGGUGGUGAAGGAGAACAUGAGCAAACUGUGCUCCAUAGGGGACCACAUGGUUGUUUCUGACCAGCCGGACGUGGACGACCUCUACGAGGAUGAAGACUAUGAUCCUAAAAGUGACAGAGAGGAGGUGCUGUCCGAUCAUUCCUCUGCUCCCCAGAGGUUGCCCGGAUGCCUGACGCUCCUGUUUCUUUCUCUAGCACGGAUAUUGUACUGAGACAAUGCAACAUUUAUUGGAUUUAUCAGCGGAAAAAAGAAUCCCCUUCUUGGGAGCCGAGAGUCCAGCUGGAGUUCGGAUGGAAUCAGUGACUUGGUCAGAGACGCUUCAGCGUGGCCUCGCUGGAUAAGGAGAGCUGUUCUGUCAUCCCCGAGGCCUCACUGCCAUUCCAUUUUAGUUGCAGGGCGACAGUAGUGAUUUGUGUGCGCUUCCCACAACCGUACAAUUUGCAUAGUAAUUGGUCUUCGAGCAUAUCUCACUCAGCAAAACUGCUUUAAAAAAAAAAAGAAAAAGAAAGUGUGAUUCAGAUCUUCACAUAUUGCUCAGAGUGAAACUGCUCUCUACUCUGCAGACUGUUGGCAAACAGUUCUUCCAGGUGCCGGGGAGAGGAAGCGAACCACGGCGGACUUAGUUGCCAAGUGGAUGGAGUGCCUUUAAGCAGCUCCCUGUUUGUUUGGUUGGGUUCAAUGGUACUUGGGAGUGUGGCUUUAUUAAGACCUUGGACAAACAUUGGACCCGUCCCGUGUCUCUGUUUGCUCUGCUCUCCAUUUCAGUGUGUGUGUGUGUGUGUGGGGGGGGUCUUUCUGCAUUGUCGCAGCGACCGCACUUCAAAUAUUUGUGGGAGCAGCAGUCAAAGGGACGAGGUGAGGGUUGUGGGAUCAAGUACUGAAAUUAACUGAAGCGCCUCUUCCGGGCCACUCCGUCUGUGGGGCCCCUCCUCCUCCUCCAUGUGAGAUUGUUUUAUUGAACUUUUCCUGAGACAGCCACCCACCCCCUCUUCCUCCUCUCCACCGCCUGCCCCCUUUCACGCCUUCAAAGGGGGGGGGGCCCUCCAGUCUUUAUUACUGCUCUCACACUGCAGCUACAAGCCAGGAAAAAGGUGUCUGCUGCUGGUGCCAAAAGGUCAACAUAUCAAACCUGCUGCUGAUGUUACCUGAGGUCCACGCCGACAGCCCAGAGAUUCGAACCAGCAGUCAGUUCAGUCACACAUCUUUUGUCCACUAUUCCACUUUAAGCCAAUUAGUAACAAGGGAAAGUAAAAAAAACAACGUUUUUGUUAUUAACGAUCACUUGUACUGCCAAUUCGUGUCUUUGCCACUUGAAAUUGUCAAAACUAAUCUUUUUUUUGUUUUGUUUCUGUCACGACGUCUUGAAGAAUGUUGCUAAAAGUUAAAUUAUGAAGCUAGAAUAUGAAGAAUGUGUACAUGUUUUACAGUUAUAUGCAGUAAAGUAAGCCAACGCGGUCACUUGCACGCCUUUGACACAGUACGGACACACAAAAGUAGCUCCAUUGUUUUGAUGUGAUUUAGGCUCUUUAGGUUUUUCCAUCUCAUCUUGUGCAGUGAAUACU